AUGGAGAAUUUCUCGGCGCUCUUCGGCGGGGCUGAGCCGCCGCCGGCCGCCGCCGCCGCCGCGCUGGGCUUCGGGCCGGCCAAGGCGGCGGGCCCCGGCGUGGGGCCGCCCCCCGCCGCCGCCGCGCCGCCGCCCGGCGAGGACGCGGCCCGCAAGGCGGCCGCCGCCGGCCCCUUCUACCUGCUGCGGGAGCUGCCAGGCACCACGGAGCUGACGGGCAGCACCAACCUCAUCACGCACUACAACCUGGAGCACGCCUACAACAAGUUCUGCGGCAAGAAGGUGAAGGAGAAGCUCAGCAACUUCCUGCCCGACCUGCCGGGCAUGAUCGACCUGCCGGGCUCCCACGACAACAGCAGCCUGCGCUCCCUCAUCGAGAAGCCCCCCAUCUGCGGCAGCUCCUUCACCCCCCUCACCGGCACCAUGCUGACGGGCUUCCGCCUGCACGCCGGCCCGCUGCCGGAGCAGUGCCGCCUCAUGCACAUCCAGCCGCCCAAGAAGAAGAACAAGCACAAGCACAAGCAGAGCCGCACGCAGGAUCCCGUCCCCCCGGAAACCCCCUCGGACUCGGACCACAAGAAGAAAAAGAAGAAAAAAGAGGAGGAUCCCGAGCGGAAGAGGAAGAAGAAAGAGAAGAAGAAAAAGAAGAACCGGCACAGCCCCGAGCACCCAGGCGUGGGCAGCUCCCAGGCCAGCAGCAGCAGCAGCCUGCGGUGAGGCCUCCGCUCCGUGCAUCUCCCGGCCGCCAGGAACGGCCCCAGCCGGACUCAGCCCUCCUGCAGGGCUCGGUGGGGGCACUCCCGGCCUGUCCCCCGGCGGAGAGGACGUCCCCAUGCACUCACACGUGCUUCGUGCAGCGAGCUGGGGCCGGGGGACACGGCCUCCGCUGGACCUGGGCUGGGGUUGCUGCCUGUGACCUUUUAUACCAAAACAACUCGGUGUAUCAGGGCCUCCCUUUUUUUUUUUAUUCACCUUUUAAUUAAAGUCUCUGCUCUGAGGA